AUGGACACAGCCUCAGAAAUCUGGACUGCACUAAAACAAAACUUUGCACAGCCUGAUGACACUAGGAUAUGCAAUUUGCAGUACACUAUUGGUAACAUAACACAAGGUUCACGACCAGUGGAUGCAUAUUUUAUUGAACUAAAAGGGGUAUGGGAGGAGUUAAGAAGUUUCAGACCCUUACCACACUGUGAUUGUGGAAAUUGCAAUCCAAAUUGCUUCAAGAAGUACUUUGAACAGUAUAAAAAAGACAUGGUUUUCAAGUUUUUAAAUGGCUUGAACGAAUCCUUUUCUACUGUGAGAUCCCAGAUAAUCCUCAUGGAUCCUAUUCCAGCUCUUGACAAAGUGUACAGUCUGGUUUUGAGGGAAGAAGCACAAAGAAACAUGCAUUUUCAAACACAGCCAACUCUUGAAACAGCUGCAAUGUAUAUUGCAGCAGAAAGGAAGAAGAAAGUUAAGAGGGACAUAAUUUGUAAUCAUUGUGGGAAGAAAGGGCAUGUGAAGGAGGAGUGCUACAGGCUGGUUGGAUUUUUAGAGGAUUUCAAAUUUACCAAAGGGAAGAACAAUGUCAAAAAAGGGAAGGCAGCUGUAAACAAUGUCUCUUCAGUCGCAGACUCAUCAGCUGGUGAAAGUCAAUUUGACAAUGAGGAAGAGUCUGGAGGGAAUUCAUCCAUGUCUCAGAUGUCCAUCAUCAAACAGCAAGUAAGGAGAUUAAUGGAGCUCUUAAGUGAGAAUGGUUUAACAGAUUCUAAUGGUAAGAACUUUUCAUCAAACACCUUGCAGACAAACCCUUCCUUGAUCAAUUUAGCUUUUGCAGGACACUCAUUCAUGGACAGUGACUAG